CACCUUGGGACAGACCCGGAAGCCGCGGCGGCGCCCCUUGGGGAAGAUGGCGCCCUCGGGGCUGAAGGCGGUGGUGGGGGAAAAAAUUAUGAGCGGAGUCAUUCGGAGCGUCAAAAAGGAUGGGGAGUGGAAGGUGCUCAUCAUGGACCACCCGAGCAUGCGCAUCUUGUCGUCCUGCUGCAAGAUGUCCGAUAUCCUGGCCGAGGGUAUCACCAUCGUCGAAGACAUCAGCAAACGGCGAGAGCCCAUCCCCAGCUUAGAGGCCAUUUAUUUGCUGAGCCCCACGGAAAAGUCGGUCCAGGCCCUGAUCGCGGACUUCCGGGGGACCCCAACAUUCACCUACAAAGCAGCACAUGUCUUCUUCACCGACACCUGCCCCGAACCCCUGUUCAGUGAGCUGGGCCGCUCUCGCCUAGCAAAGGUGGUGAAGACGCUAAAGGAGAUCCACCUGGCCUUCCUCCCCUACGAGGCCCAGGUGUUUUCCCUGGACGCCCCCCACAGCACCUACAACCUCUACUGCCCCUUCCGGGCAGGGGAGCGGGCGCGGCAGCUCGAGGCGCUGGCCCAGCAGAUCGCCACUCUGUGCGCCACGCUGCAGGAGUACCCGGCCAUCCGCUACCGCAAGGGCCCUGAGGACACUGCCCAGCUGGCCCAUGCUGUGCUGGCCAAGCUGAAUGCCUUCAAGGCAGACACUCCCAGCCUGGGCGAGGGCCCAGAGAAAACCCGCUCACAGCUGCUGAUCGUGGACCGAGCCACCGACCCGGUGUCCCCCCUGCUGCAUGAGCUCACCUUCCAGGCCAUGGCCUACGACCUCCUGGAAAUCGAGCAGGACACGUACAGGUACGAGACCACUGGGCUGAGUGAGUCGCGCGAGAAGGCGGUGCUCCUGGACGAGGACGACGACCUGUGGGUGGAGCUGCGACACAUGCACAUCGCCGACGUGUCCAAGAGGGUCACGGAACUUCUGAAGACAUUCUGUGAGAGCAAGAGGCUGACCACAGACAAGGCCAACAUCAAAGACCUGUCGCACAUCCUGAAGAAAAUGCCUCAGUACCAGAAGGAGCUGAACAAGUAUUCUACGCACCUGCAUCUAGCCGACGACUGCAUGAAGCGGUUCAAGGGCUCCGUGGAGAAGCUGUGCAGUGUGGAGCAGGACCUGGCUAUGGGCUCCGACGCGGAGGGCGAGAAGAUCAAGGACGCCAUGAAGCUGAUCGUACCGGUGCUGCUGGACGCCGCAGUGCCCGCCUAUGACAAGAUCAGGGUGCUGCUGCUGUACAUCCUUCUUCGGAAUGGGGUGAGCGAGGAGAACCUGGCCAAGCUGAUCCAGCACGCCAACGUGCAGGCGCACAGCAGCCUGAUCCGGAACCUGGAGCAGCUGGGGGGCACCGUCACCAACCCUGGGGGCGCAGGCACCGCCAACCACCUGGAGCGGAGGGAGCGUCUGGAGCCCACCUAUCAGCUGUCCCGCUGGACCCCUGUCAUCAAGGACGUGAUGGAGGACGCCGUGGAGGACCGGCUAGACCGGAAGCUGUGGCCCUUCGUGUCCGACCCUGCCCCCACGCCCAGCUCCCAGGCUGCGGUCAGCCCCCGCUUCGGCCACUGGCACAAGAACAAGGCCGGAGUGGAGGCCCGGGCUGGGCCGCGGCUGAUCGUGUACGUGCUGGGCGGCGUGGCCAUGUCGGAGAUGAGGGCCGCCUACGAGGUGACCAGGGCCACGGACGGCAAGUGGGAGGUGCUGAUUGGCUCCUCACACAUCCUCACCCCAACCCGCUUCCUGGACGACCUCAAGACCCUGGACCAGAAGCUGGAGGACGUUCCCCUGCCCUGAGCCCCCUGCCCUGCCCGCCCCGGCCUCCUCCCUUCUCAGAGAAAUAAACUCCCUUCUCUCCA